AUGUCGACAUCGGUGGAGAAAUCCGCUCUAGGCGGAUGGCUGCACGAGAACAAUGUCGAGCUGGUUGACCCGAAGCGCGACGCACUAUACAAUUACGACGCCGAAGCGCUCAAGAAGAUCUUGACGGACAAGCCGUGGGCUCGGGAUGUCAAUUACUUCAAGCACGUGCGGAUCAGCGCCACGGCGCUCAUCAAGAUGACGAUGCACGCGCGAUCUGGCGGAUCUCUGGAGAUCAUGGGACUGAUGCAAGGCUAUGUGGACCACGAGACAUUUGUGGUCACGGACGCGUUCCGCCUGCCCGUCGAGGGCACAGAGACGCGCGUCAAUGCGCAGAACGAGGCCAACGAAUACAUCAUCGAGUACCUGGACCUGUGCCGGUCGCAGGGCCGCCAGGAGAACGUGGUGGGCUGGUACCAUAGCCACCCGGGGUACGGGUGCUGGCUGAGUGGCACCGACGUCGAUACCGAGGCCAUGCAGCAGCAAUUCCAGGACCCGUUCCUCGCCGUCGUCAUCGACCCGGACCGCACUAUCAGCGGCGGCAAGGUCGAUAUUGGCGGUUUCCGGACCUACCCCAACACCUACCGGCCCGAAGGUGGAUCGACGACGUCGGAUGGCUUCCAGACCGUCCCGUUAGCCAAGGCCGCCGAAUUUGGCGCCCACGCGAACCGAUACUACAGCCUGCAGGUAUCACACUUCAAGAGCACGCUCGACGCGCACCUCCUCGAGCAGCUCUGGCACAAGUACUGGGUCCAGACGCUCAGCCAGAACCCCCUCCUGACCAACCGGGACUAUGGGACAAAGCAGAUGCUCGACCUGAGCUCCAAGAUACGCGAGGCCACCAACCUCAUCACCCGCGGGCGCGUCCAUUCUCAGAACGACUUUACCGGCGCCGGCGCCGGCGCCGGUCCUGCCAGUCACACCUCCAAGGCUACCGACAAGGCCGUGGCCAAGCUGUCGCAGGAUACGAACCAGAUUGCUGCAAAGGAGAGGACGGGGCUGAUUGCGACUGAGGUCAAAGCCAAGCUGUUCAACGACUUGGUCACCAAGGAGGAGUGA